GGGUAAAUCUAGAGGUUGACUGGGCUGAGAAUUUAGUUUAUUAAAACCAAAUAAGCGGAGGUUGAGGAAUUGGUGAAAUGGAGUUGGCACUUUGAAUGGCUAAGGAAGAUACAGGGAGGAAGAAGUUAUCGUUUUUGUUAAGAGUGGAGUCGGGCUUAGGUGCUGUUUAAGAAAAUAAAGAGUGAAUGGUUUUUUUGGGAGGAAUUGGGUUUUUAAUAAUCUGUUGAAACUGUCUUCUGAUGCUUUUUUUGUUAUCCCUGAGAUUCUUCUAAUAACAAAUGGAUAAAAUGAGAUAAUUUUGAUGGUAUCAUCCAAAUUCUACAAUUUAUUUGCCUUUCUCAUAUCAAAACAUUGUGAGUCCUCGAUUGCCGUUUAACAAGAUACUACGGUUUACAAGACAGAGCAUGACACAUCCUACAUACACAUCAUUAUCAUCUUAAAUCUCUAUAAUAAUUGGGUCCAAUUCUAAGAAAUAAAGUUCACCAGCCUAAAGAACUCAAACAAUUCGCUAUUAGGUAAUCGAGUUCAAACUAGGAAUCUGAACAUAUCGACAAGUACCAAUUAAUUAUAAAAGAAGCUUAAAGUGUCCAACAAUUGAAGAAGAAAAGGUUAAAACAAUUUAGUGUGGACAAGAACGCAGAGAUAGAAUCAAACGAGAAGAUAAGACAAAGUUAUUAGGUUGAAUUCAAAAUCUCUCCAUAAGUAUUGCUUGAGACUCUCUUCAUACAAGACAUUAAGCCUAAUUUGUCUAACCUCUGUUUCUUCCAAACUUGAUCAGCUCUCAGGCCCUAAGUGCUUGGCCGUGAUGCUGAGGGUCACAAAAUCUUUGGCCAAGUCUAAAAUCUCUGAAGCUCAGCUGGAACAGACAUUGGAGGAGUCCAAGCGAGUAUACACAGAUUGGGAGAGAACUAGGAAGGGGCAAAGGAGACCACUGGCUAUUGGAUGAGUGGGAUUGGAGAGAAUAGAGAGAGGGAGUGAGGAGGAGAUUGUUAGUUUAGAGAAAAUAGUUUGUGGAAGAUUGAGGGGGCGUAGCAAAAUUUAAAAAGUUUGAUUUUUGAUACUUUUAAAUAGAAUUGAGAUUUUUAUUUAAAUUUCCUAUAUAAUCAUAUAUACUAGAAAAUACAAUAACCAUCCUAACCCCAAUUUCCACCCUUUCCACCGAAAUCACAACCCCAACCCUCUCUCCAAACUCCUUGGCCCUCCGUCCACCCUCCCGUCUCACUUGGGCUCCAGUGAAGUAGACCUUCAGACUUUCAGUUCCAGCAGAGGGGAUUGCGCCGGAAUGACCAGCAGCUUUAGACUUUGAAAAUAUAGAUCCGAUAGGAGGAAACUGGGCUGUGGUGGCUUUCUCAGGUGAAACUGCUGCAAGAUUGCCCUGGUUGUACGGGAGGAAGCAACUGUGGAUGUGAAUGAGGUAGCCAAUACAUUUUUAAGAGAAUUUUUAAAUAAGUUAACCCCAGAUGGAAGGUUACUUAUGAUUAGUAGAAUUGGGAGGGGAUAUUAAUCUGGUAGCAUAGGUCUCUUAUCUAGAGUCCUCGAUUUGGUCAUAUUCUUAUUAGGAACAACGAUUUCAAAAUAUAUUUG